AUGAGCGGAAUACCCAGGACGGGAUUUCCGCCUACAAACAAACCACCUACAAAAAACAACAUCUCUAAAACCUCUAAAACAACGAGUUUAACUAAUACAACCAUCACUAAUAAUAAAUUACCGGUACCAAAUAAAAAUAAUAAUAACGGUCCCCCGUGCACACCUCAUACCAUUCCCAUCACCCAACACACUCCUCUAGCAACAAAGAAGGUGACCGUCGUCAAGGCAGCCGAUAAGCCACUAAUUACCGCCGUAUCCGGCGAUAAUGACCAUUCCGAGACACGGCACACAAUCGCAGAUAAAGUAUAUGAUCAACAAUCGUCUCACAUAAAUAAUCAAUAUAACUCGGCCAAUUAUCCAAAUAAAACAUUUAGUUUUGCCUCUGUCACAGCAAACGAUAAACUACCUACCAGAGAACAGGCAUUAGUAUUUAAUUCUAUAGAUGGUAUACGUCAAAUAGAUUACAUUCUGGCAAUCGGAAAAAUCGUAUCGCCAAAACACAUUAUCUACACAUCAAGAAUAUCAAACAAUCGUUUCUGCAUAUUUCUCUCUAGUAAGGAAAUACUAGAAACACUUUUAGAAAAAAAUAAUACAAUCACAGUAAACGAACACAUUAUACAAAUACGCAGACUCAUUAACCCAGCAAAAAAAAUAAUAAUAUCCAACGUAUGUCCCUCAAUACCUAACCAAUCAAUUCUUAAUGCAUUAAAAAACAUAAAUAUUACACCAUUAUCCCAGAUAAGCUACAUAAGAGCUGGAAUAAAUCAUGAGGGUUAUGAACACAUUCUUAGCUUUCGUCGACAAAUGUUCAUCAACCAUGAAGAUGUAAUAAAACUUCCUGGAUCCUUAACUAUCAUUAACAAUCAAACUCAAUUCAGAAUAUUCCUUACUGAUGAAACAAUCACUUGCUUUAUUUGCAAAUCAACAGGUCACACAUCUAAAUCAUGCAACAAACAAAUUGCCACAGACAAUUUUAUAAGUCCACAAAUACACAGGUCCCCCUUAUCAAGUCAUAACCAAAACAACACUAUCGACGAAAGUCUAUUGGAGGACAUGCUGAUGCCUGAAAGCCCUUCAAUAAACGAAAUACAAUCUCAAAACAACACGGACUUGGCGACCGGACAUCAAACCGAAAACAUCCCUGGAGAUAAUACAAAUACAAAUUCAUCUCCCCCCAAUCCUUCCCCUCCGUCAUUGGAACACUCUCAUGGUCCUCUCCCCUCCACCCCCCAACAGCAAAGACACCCAUCCGAAGACGGAAAACCCCCUAAGAGGCACCUAUCCGAUUCAUCCUCCCAGGAAGCUAAUAACAUUACCUUCAACAACUCAAUAUCAACACUACCCAACCAACAUAGCGACACCACAAAAAAAAUUCAAAAAAAAGUUAAGGUUCGCUCCAGAUCAAAUUCAUCAUCCAGAAAAGAAGACAAAAUCCUUGAGUGUCUCACAUCCGCAGAGGAAAUUUUCCUCAACACUGACGUGACAAUGCUCCAGUUUAAGCAUGUCUUAGAAAACUACACUAAUAAAAACAUUAAUAUUCAUAACCUUUGUAAAGAGAUUGACUCAGACAUCCCAUCAAUCAUGAAACUCAUUGACGAAAUCCGUCCCAAAAUCACCAAAACCUUCCUCAAAACACACCUCACCAAGCUCGGCAAUCUACUGUUCCAAGCAUCUCCACCUCAAGAUUCAUGA